AUGUCGUCCGGCAGCGAACAACCACCGCCUUCGUACAGCGAGGCCACAUCACAAGCAAGCACGCGCCCGCAGGACAGUGUCCGGCCCGAGGGCUGGGUCGAGGGCUACGUCGAGGCGCCGCCCGCCGAUCAGCAAGCCGCCGGGGCGUACCAUCCCCCGGCGGCGGCAGCGGACGAGAAGAAACCUUCCGAGGCCGCCGCGCCGGUUGUCCGGGAGAGCGGAACCAGCUCCGCAGAGGCUGCGGCGGUCGAGCAGCAGCAGCAGCAGCAGACUGGUGGCCGCCUUUCCUUUGGCGGGCUGGACCUGGGCGGCCGCGUGCUCGGCUAUGGCAGCGGCGAGGGCGUGGGCGGAUGGGGGCUCAAGAUCGGGCCGGUCAUGCUCGGUCUGGUGGACGUGGAGGCGGAGAAGCUACGACGGAAGCAGGAGGGUGCAGAGAGAGAUGAUUAG